UUGAAAACACAUUCACCGGAAGUCGUGCUCUUAUUGACGUAAGUUGCUGUGAGGAAGUCGUCGCUCAGAAGAAACAUCGCCGUCGCCGAGUUGCUCCGUCAAAUCGUCCAACUUUUCAUCCAGGCAACUCGCCGACACGAAGACGACAAAAGCCCGCCAACCCGCAUCAAAGAUGGCGCAGGAGAACAUCUUCUUCUUCGUCCCGAAUCUGAUCGGUUACGCCCGGGUCGUCCUGGCGCUGCUGUCCUUCUACCUGAUGCCGUGCUGUCCGUGGCCCGCCGUCUUCUGCUACCUGCUCAGCGCUCUGCUGGACGCCUUCGACGGCCACGCGGCGCGGGCGCUCAAUCAGUCCACGAAGUUUGGAGCCAUGAUGGACAUGCUGACGGACCGCUGUGCCACCAUGUGUCUGCUGGUCAACCUGUCCCUGCUCUACCCGUCUUACACCUUCCUGUUCCAGCUCAGCAUGUGUCUGGACAUCGCCAGCCACUGGCUGCACCUGCACAGCUCAACAAUAAAAGGAUCCGCCAGCCACAAGACCAUCGACCUCUCUGGAAACCCCGUACUCCGUCUCUACUACACAUCCAAGCCGGUUCUGUUCGUGAUGUGUGCCGGGAACGAGCUCUUCUUCUGUCUGCUCUACCUCCUCCGUCACAUCGAGGAACCAGCUGCCUGGCUGUACUGGCUGCAGGGUCUCUGUGGGAUCAUCUGCCUCCUGAAGUCCGGCAUCAGCCUCGUGCACCUCGUCACCGCCUCCCAGAACAUGGCCGCCCUCGACGCCGCCGAGCGAGAGAACAGCAGGAAGUCGCAGUGAGAGAGAGAGAGAGAGGGGCGAGCGAGCGAGAGCUUCAGGGGCGAGACGUGUUUUUUAAUUUCUGAUAGUUUUUAACGGUGACGGUGACUAUGAAGACGUUUCUGACCAAAUAUCACAACAUUAAUAUUCCACAUGCAGCCGCAGUGAUCUGGGCUCUGGUUUAUUUCACAGGUUUACAGGCAGGAGACAACAUCUGUCCUCAGUUUGUCCCUCUGUGUAACAUAUCUACACUUUAUUUAUCUAUAGAAAUAUACAGAAUAUUAUUAUCAUACGAACGAGGACACAGUUUCCCACUGAGAUAUUUUGAAUCAAUAUAACAUGAAGCUGCACGACACGAUGAAGAUCUGUCUGCUGUUUGAACUUCAGGGCGUUUUUAAAAAUGAUGGAGUUCAGGUUUCAUUUAUUGAUGAGGGGAACCCUGAGGCUGCAGGAGACUCCAGGAGGAUCCGGACUUCAAAAACACGUUCAAGAUCACAAACCAGCUCUGAGCAGCUCUUCAGAUAUUCACCGUGUUCCUGUGAAAUGAAUCUAGAGCCCGGAAACAGGAAGCUGCUGAUCACAGAAAGAGAAACACGUCUUCAUGCAUACGCAGCGUUCUGUCCUGUAUGAAGACGUGUUUCUGUUUGUUGUUCGCUGGUCGGCGUCUCUGAUCUGAAAAUCAAAUUUCUAAAGAAAUGUGUCAGUGACAGCAAAGUGAAGCCAGAUUAAACUCAAAUACUCUAAAUAUAGAUUUAAAAUGUGGAAGUGAGACAAACAAAACAACGUACGGCUUCAGCUCUGAUUCACAGCAGAGUUACGACACUCACUGUGAAGCCUUUGUAGCUUCAUUAAUGUGAAUAAAUCUGAAUAAUGUUUGAUGUGUCAGUUAUAAACCAUUAAUUCAAAACAUCUGGAAACCAGUUCUGAAAAAUCCCAUUCGUUCAUUAAAUCUGCAGGUAGAAAUAAAAAUCUGUCAGUCCUACAAAAAGUUGUUUUUAGUGAACCUGCAUUUUAGUUUAACUGAUUUCUGUUUUGUUGUUUUGAUGGACCAAAUAAUUAAUUUCAGAUUUUGGUCGAUCUACCUUAAAUAAUCUGAACAGAAGUUUAUUGCUGGUUUAUAACCGCUGUGAAACAUUUACUAGACUCUGACUGUAGCUUCACAUUCUUCGUCCAAACAAACUGUUUGUAGCAUUUUUGGGGAAGUGGUGCCUGUUUCAGUUUCUCCUGUCAGGUGGGCCAAAUAUAAUAAUAAUAAUAUUAAUCCACCUUUAUUCCUGAUUUGUUUUAUUGUUCUUUUUGUGUCCCUGAAAUUUACGACCAAGAACCUGAAGCUGUAUUUGAUUUUACGCAGACGACGUUCUGUUGUUUUAUUUUAAAAAGCAAACACUGUUUGUUUGGUAGACGUGUUUAAACUCUUAAAUAUUCCUUUUGUCCAGCACUGUUGUUGUUGUUGUUGUUUAUUUCUUGAGGUUCCCGCUCAUAUUUUUGGUGAUUUUGGCACUCGAGGGAUGUUUGAUCAGUUUGUUCUUAUUUGUUUGUUUUUGUCGUAGAUGAGACGAGUUUCCGGUAUUUUUAGUUGACUUAGAAACAAACAGAAAGUUAUGCAGGUCAUAAGUUAUACCUCGUGAAGUAUUAUGGUUUGAUGGUUUUGCGUUCCCUGACCACGCGUGUUUGCUGCUUAUGAACUUUGACGUUUGGAUAUUAAGAUUCACGUCUUCUUUCUGAAUGUAUUGUUAUAAAAUACAAAUGUAUAUCAACAGCAAAGCCAAGUCUGAUAUUGUAUUUAAAGACAUCAAUUGUUGUAAUUAAUAUAUUUGAUGGAUAUUUUGUUUGGUUUGAAUUUACUGUCAAAGCAGCUGCAAAAUAAAACAUCUGAAAACCU